CGUCUAUUAUGAAUCAAGGACGCGGUAAGGUGUACGGUCUUAGUUUCCCAACUAGAAAGCCUAAGAACGAAAUAAAGGUUCCGUUAAAUGAUGUUUUCAACGAAGAAUCCGAUAAAGAGGAGAACUACAAAGAACUUAAACCAGCCGAUUAUUCGCAAACGACUUGCAUAGCUCAGAAUAGGAUUAAUCGAAAAGUAAAAACAGAGCUAGAAAAAGCUUUCGAGGAAGAUCCAUCAGUAUUCCAAUACGAUGAGUAUUUGGACGAUAUACACGAUAAAAAAGCGGAGGAUAUUUCUAAAAGAAUCGUCAAAACAUCUAAAUAUGUUGGCAGACUUAUAAAGGCAUCCAAUGAGCGCAAACUUGAGAGAGAGCUAUGUGUUGAACGGAAAGCUCAGAAGCAAAUUGAAGCAGAAUCUGAUUUGUUUAACAAUAAGGAGUCAUUCGUUACCUCAGCGUACAAAAGUAAAUUAAGUGAACUUCGCGCACUCGUGGAAAAACGCAAGGAAGAAGAAAAAAGAGAGAAAGUUAUGGAUGUUUGCAAACAAGAUGGUUUAGGGGGAUUUUACCGGUUUAUGUUUGAUAAUCAAGAUAAAACAUCUGCGGGAUACUCAGAGGAAUGCCAACAUCGCACUACAAGCAAAGAAGAUUGUCUGGAAGCAGACUCUAACUCUGCAUCUACAAUUAAAAAACAAACUGUAAAAGCACAUACAAAGGAAAAGACUGAUGAUAAUAAUAAUAGUAACAAAAAUGUAUCAUCGCCUUCACCAAAUAAAGCUUUUCCUAACUGUGAUGAUGAUAAUGUAACCGAAACUGAUCGUAAAGAUGAUAAAACAAGAGUCUCUCAUCAACCAAAGAAAGAUUUAGAUACUUAUUUAAAUAAAAAGAAUCAAAAAAUACCUGGAAUAAUAACAGCUCGUUUACGAGUAACUACUGAUGAAGAAUUAACUGCUGCACGUCAACGUUAUCUAGAUAGAAAAGCAGCUGGAAUACAUGCAGUUAUAGUUGAAUCCGAUUAAUUAUUUGAUUAAAUGUUGUUCUUCUCAUUUGUUUUUUCUUUGUAUAUGAAUUCAUAUUUUUAUAUUAUGGGAAAUAAUCUUUAAAUUGGGGAAAAAUCUACCUUGGUAACAAUCCCUGUUUAAUAUCGAUGAACUGAGAAUUGAUAUUAUUAUUAUUAUUAUUGUUA